AUGUCCGUCUCCGCCCUCGACUCGCGUGUGUUCCGUAAUCUGUUCGGAACACAGGAAAUACGUGACAUCUUCACAGAUGAUGCAUACGUGAAAUGUUUGAUUGAGGUCGAGGCAGCUCUCGCACGCGCUCAAUCAAAGACCGGAGUCAUUCCGUCGGAAGCGGGAGACUCGAUCACAAACACAUUUUCCAACCUUCAACUUGACUAUGAUCGUCUUGCACGAGAAACAGAUGUCGUUGGAUACCCUGUUCUUCCUCUUGUCUGCCAGCUUGUGGAAGGCACACCCAAUGAAACCUCCAAGUAUAUCCAUUGGGGAGCAACAACACAGGACAUUAUGGAUGAUGCAUCCAUGUUGCAGAUUAAACGUGGGCUGGUUAUCGUGCAAAGAGAAUUGGAAUCUUUAAGAGGCAUCUUGACAAGACUAGCGACAACCCAUCGUGAUACCCCAAUGGCGGGUCGCACACAUCUCCAACAUGCCUUGCCUUGUACAUUCGGUUACAAGUGUGCCGUUUACCUCUCGAGUGUCCUUCGCCAUAUUGAGAGACUUGAAGAGAUGAAGCAAAGAUGCUUACUGGUGCAAUUCGGAGGAGCAGCUGGAACUUUGGCCUCGCUGGGUUCCGACGACACUGGCCUCCGAGUUCGCGAACAACUCGCUAUCGAAUUGGGACUGCAAAAUCCAGCAAUCACAUGGCAUGUCGCAAGAGACAACGUGGCCGAGAUCACCAAUUUCCUAGCCCUUGUUGGUGGAACUUUGGGAAAGAUUGCGUUGGAUCUUAUGAUUAUGUCCUCGAACGAAUUUGACGAAGUGUCCGAGCCAUUUGUCCCUCACCGCGGUGCUUCAUCAACCAUGCCGCAGAAGCGGAACCCCAUUUCUUCUGAGGUUAUUCUCGCUGCAUCUAAAAUGCUGCGUGCCAAUGCUUCGUUAGGGUUGGAUGCGAUGGUCACCGACUUUGAGCGGGCCUCUGGACCAUGGCAUCUUGAAUGGGUGGCGGUUCCAGAUGCGUUUGUUACAGUAGUGGGCGCACUCCAUCAGACCAACUUUGCUCUGGAUGGAUUGGUUGUGAAGGUGGACUCUAUGGAGCGUAACCUCCACUCAACGAAGGGGUUGAUUGUGGGUGAGGCGGUCAUGAUGGCUCUUGCGCCUCAUAUUGGACGUCAAAAGGCGCAUGACGAGGUUUAUGAAGCGUGUAAAAGUGCAAUUGAGAACAAUCGAUCUCUGCUGGAGGUUUUGACAGAAUCCACCGUUAUGACAAGUGUUUUCACCUCGGAUCAAUUGGCGGGAUUAUGCGAUCCUACUCAAUAUAUGGGGGCAAGUCAGUUGAUGGUCGAUGAGAUGGUGAAGCGGUCUAAUUUGACACCACGGGGGGGAUCUCCAUUAGAUGAGUAA